AGAAGCGGAGGAAAAAGAAAACAACCCACCAUCAAAGCAACUUGCAGCUUCUUGUGGAGAACGGAAGGAAAAUUCGCUCACUGUGUUUCUAGAACAAGUUUCUGGUGCGUGUGCGGUGCAUUUUGGGAUUAGGGAAAGCGUAGCUUUAAGAAACAAGCCCCAUCUCUAAAUCCUGACGGCGAAGACCGAGUCGCAACGUUGCAAAAUUAAACGUAAGCCCUCGGGUUCGGUGAGUAUUCUCACACGAACAAAAUCGCAGCUGCGGAAAGUCUUCUCAGGAAUGAGCGACGGUAAAGUUAAAAAAGACGCAACUAACAAAGAAAUUAUCACGAUGAGUGACGCUGCCGGAUACCUGGACCGUUUCGUCGGCGAUGUGAGCAAAAAGUCGGCCACCAAACAGAUACUGAUCGGUGCCGGCAGUGGAUGGGCAACCGGUUACAUCACAAUGAAGGUUGGCAAAAUGGCAGCGAUCGCAGUUGGCGGUGGUAUCAUCCUGCUACAGAUGGCCAACCAGCAGGGCAUCAUUUCGAUCGACUGGAACAAGGUGCAGAAGAAGGUGGACAAAGUGACCGACAAGGUGGAGGAAGCCGUCACUGGCCAGGGACCAAGUUGGGCGGAUAAGGCGGAACGUUUCGUCGAUCGUAAGCUAAACCAGGCCGAGGAUGUGCUGAACAAACGUACGAAAAAGGCCAAAAAGUGGUACACCAAUCUGAUCGGCGAUGAGACAGGCUGCAAGGUGAACGAUCUACACAUUUUCCUGUGUGCCUUUGCGGCGGGUGUUGCCAUCGGUGUCGGCACAGCCUAAAGCGUGCCGCCCCUGUGCCCACGGGGAACGCUCGCAUGCACCCAGAACUGCUGCUGUAAUGCUCGUCGGAAACUGUAGGUGGAACCGAUCCAUAACCAAUCGAAAGUCUGUACGUACACCUUGAGGUAGUUUUUGGUUAUGGACUUUGCUAACGAACCGCGAACCAUAUAAAAAUUGCUAACGGAUUCGUUAACACAUCCAAAGCAUGAUUCGUAAAUGUUCUUAGUCGACGCAAACAACCGGAACCAAAAAGGGGGUGAACCUCACCGAAUCUCGAUCAUGUACCAUCGUUCCGAUUCUGUUUCUAUUUUCUAUCCGUACCCUGCCAAGUUCCGCGGUCGUGUUAGCAAAGUGAUUUGAUGUUUUGUGAUUCUACACGAUAAGUGCGAUUUUCCACACAGGAAUAUUUUGAAAUCCCAUUCUUGUGUUGUUAGAAUUUAAGUACAAUGCAAGCACUCGAAAUACGCCUUGGCCCACUCGUUCUGUACUUAACCGUUGCCGAUGGUAGAUCUAAUGUGAGGAACAUGAAAGCAAAACAACCGUCGCGAAUAAUAAGGGGAAUACGAAAUGGCGCACAACACUAACGAUCGAUCAACUAAUGUAUUACAGCACUGGAGCCUCACUGUCAGGCAGGCACUUGUUUUCCUGGCAAUAUUACCCCUCUAGACCGGACUGAAACAAGAAACAAUCAGUAGAACAGCUUUUAGUUUUUUUUUUUGAGUUAUAAUCUGCUUAAAGAAAAGAAAAAGACACCCAAUACCAAAAACAGCAGUUAGUCAGGCUCUUUAUGUCGCAUAUCGUACGCAUAUAUUCAUUUACUAAUUUGUUAACUAUCGUUUCCUCACAAACGGUAAAAUAUUUAUGCUUUUAUUACAUGGAUUCUCAUACCUACAUAUAGUAGAAGAAAAGAAAAGAAAAUGCCACACAAUAAAUGGAUAAAAUAUUACUCCUACUACUGUA